AUGAACACCCUAGCCAAAAUCUUGAUUAUUCUCACCAUUUUCAUGAUUUCCUUAACUCUUUCUUCAUUCGCACCAACUUCGGAUUUCAAAGAAGAUGAACUUGACAAUUUUGUAGCUAAGUCACCCUUAGGCGUUGGGCAUGGGCGGUUCCUAGCCCAACAGCCAACGGGCUUAGUGAAAUGCAACAUAAACCCUCGACUCUGUCGUGCAAAGGGUAGCCCUGGACCCGACUGUUGCAAAAAGAAAUGUGUCAAUGUCCAUACCGAUAAACAAAACUGCGGCUUGUGUGGAAAGAAAUGCAAGAACAUGGAGAUUUGUUGCAAAGGAUCGUGCGUGAACCCAAUGGUGAACAAGCGUCAUUGUGGAGGAUGCAAUAAUGUAUGUAACAGAGGUGAUUCUUGUGUGCGUGGAAUGUGCAGCUAUGCAUAA